GAGGAGUUACCAGAUUACUUUAAUGGGAGACCAUUGAUUGGUUUAAAUCACACCUGAAAACCCCAUCACGAAGACAAUUUCUGUUGACACAGUGAUUUUUUAUGAAGUAGAAUGCAUAUUGGUGUAUCUGUUCAUAUAGCAACUGACUAUGCCAUGAUGCGACACAGACUUAAUAAUGUGAAUGUUUGAUAUAGUUCUGGGUUAUCCAAUAUUUAUGAUGGCAGCCUGUUUGAAAUUCUAAUAUGGUGUUGGAUUAAAAGUUUCGGUGAUUCUCACUUCAGUUUGGAUCAUUUCCUUGAUACAGUUUGAUGCAUCUAUUUGUAACCGACAUUGUGACUGUUUUAUUGUGCUUUUUCCUGUUGAUCCGCUAAUGGAACAGAAAGGAAUGCAUUUCUACUUUAUCAGUUUGUAAAUCAAAAGAGGACCAGUCUACCUGUGUCUCCAGUAUGAAUAUUUUAAUGAAGAUAUUGAUUAGAAUGUUAGAACAAAGUUUUCAUUAUGGAGUGUAGAUAUAAUGCACAAAUUGUCAUUUAAAGUUACUUGAAAGAGAAUAUUUCAUCUUGUCACUAAGGUGAAUUUUGUUGAGAAAGUAUGUCAGAAAAGGUGUGAUAGACAGAAUGCAAAAUGCAAAAUAGUGUGUUGUGGAAAAAGCUUUAUCACAACCCCUCCCAGUAUGUUAAACCAAGGGAGGCCACGGUGUUGUCUGCACGAAUGCCAAGGGAGGUCACUCCUGAAGACUACCGCUUGGAAAAGGGGGCGAAGACUGACAGGCCGCCUGUUGCCACACAGUUUCCAUCCAGGUAUGGGUAUCUUCCCGAAAUCAAUUCCCCCAGACCUCCAGAUAAAAGUCUUGUGCCAGUAAAUGGCCGAAAAGCCAGCCCAGCUGGAUUUAAUCCAAACUAUGACCUUGAUGCAGAUGAGCGGAUUCGUCAGUUGGAGGUUCGUUUAAAUGUAGCAGAAAAAUCAAAUCGAGCUCUUCUAGAGGAAGUGCUCAGACUGCAAGGUGAUGUAAAGACUACAAAUCGUAGAAAUGAAGAAGUUCUACGUGAGGAAAAGGGCUCUCGACACAAUCUGGAGUCAGCCAUGAAAAUAAACAACGAACUUAUCACCCAGUUAAGUGCUAGAAUCAAAGAUGCAGAGGAGAAAUUGUCAGAGGAGAAAACAGCCUUGUCAUCACUUGUCAAUCACACAAAAGGGGUGGAGCAAGCUGUUAAAAGUAGUCAGAAUGAACUGAUAGCCAAAAAAGAUGUACAAUCUCAAAAACUUAUCGAGAUGAGGGCUGAGAUUGAGGAAUUGCAAGGAACCAAGAACCAGCUGGAACGAAUUUGUUUCUCCAUGGCUGAUGACAUCAGAACCCUGAAAAUGAAAAUGGAUCAGCAAUCAUCAGAACUUGGCACAGUCUCAUCUGAACUAAAAAAUAAGUCCAAGAAACUAGAGGAUGACAACAGAAAUCAGCUGGAGGCAUUGAGAAAAACAUCUAAUGUUCAAUCCCAGUCUGACCAACAGACGACACAACUCCGGGGACAGGUGGAAACCAGGUUAUCAGAGCUUAGAGAUGUUCUGGUGGAUGUCCGAGCCAAACAGGAGUCUGAAAUCAACGAAAGGAGAACCUUGGAGCAGCAAAUGUCAAAAAAAAUCUAUGAAUUACAACAGUCGCUGAGUGAAGCCAAUCGACGGCGAGACGAGGGCAUGCAUUCAAUGGAUAUCUUACUGAGAGAGAAAGACCAUGCCAGCCAGGCCGACAAACUCAAUCUGACAUCUAAAGUCGCAGACACCGUGGAGGAUGUCAACAAAAAACUUCUGUCUAAGGAAAUCAAAAUCAGGGAAGAAAUGCAGGAGAGAUACCUACAGCUGGAAAGGCUGAUACAUCAAGAGCAACAGACCCGGCGAGAAUCAGAAAGGGCGAUGAGGGAGGACACUGAGAGGAAAUUCCUGACGCUGAAGCACACCAUCGAGGAACUGAAUCUGGAUGUCAAGGAACAGUUCAAGAAUGAGAAAGUUAAAACAAAAGACACAAUAUCAAAGUUAGAUGAAUCCAUUUCGAUUGUGGAAAAGCAAUCUGCUGAAAACAGGAAGCAGUUUGAGAAAGUGAUGGGUGCUGAAAUUAGUCAAAGGAAAAUGCAUGAGGCAAGUACUGUGGAAAAGUUGGCCAGUGUCAAUGAGAAAUUACAGAUUGCUACCUCUUCCCUUCAGCAGUCAAUAGGGGGAAUAACUCAGGCCAUGUCAAGCCAGAAUGAAAAGUUGAAGAGAGAGGUGCGAGGAUUAGUUAUGGAACAGAAGGAGGCCAGCACAAGAGCCAUGACAGAUCUGGACGCCAGGAUGGGCUACAUGAAGACGCGCAUGAAUGAUUUCGAGGAGAAGCUGGAGGCCCGAGUUGCCACUAUGAUUAAGAAAUUUGAGAACAAGGAGGAAAAAGAACAGAUGGAGGCCACUGCUGUGCUUUCACAAAACCUUAGAGAGAAAGUGGAUGCUAUAUCACUAUGGCAGGACACCACACAACAGACAAUUAAACAGCUGUCUACUAGUGUCACCAAACUGCCAGAGGAUCUGUAUGCCUUGCAAGAGAAACAGAGUCUGAUGAAGACGGACAUGGACAGCCGAUUUAACGCAGAAUCAGACGCCAGAACAAAGGAAUCAGAGAUUCUAAAGGCAGAGAUUCAAAACCUGAAGCAGAGACAUGACCCACUGCCAGCCACCAAGUCCGACCUGGACAAUAUUGCUGCUGCCGCCUCGGCUGACCCCCAGGUGCAGGGCAGUGUUCGUAAGCUGGCAGACUCCAUUCAGACCGUGAAAACAGUGCUUGGCAUGAAGAUACAGUCAGAACAGAAACUGCGCCAGGAGGAUGUUCAAAAAUUACAAGAUGAAAUUGCAAUAUUAAGAACUGCACUAGAACCUUUAGUGAAAAAACCACUUGGAAAAAAUUUCGUGAAAGGUCGAGGAAAUUCGGAAGAGGUUAAUAAAUGGAACGUAGCAAAUGCCUACAGCAGGCCAAUCCCAAAUUUAGAUAGAGGGGUAACUAGAGACAGUGGAUUGGAAGAGGACGCCUCCGAAGAAUCAGAAAACUCGGAGGACUCUGGAAGAGGCAUCUUUUCCAAACUGAUUAAGCCCACCCAAAAGAAAAAUUUCGAUUCUUCAGAUUCUGGUGAACCUGUUCCCAAAAGGCAAGCUCCCAAGAAGAAACGGAUUAAACCAACCCAAAAGAAAAAUUUCGACUCUUCAGAUUCUGAACCUGUUUCCAAAAAACAAGCUCCUAAGAAAAAAACGAAAGCAAAGCAGAAAAAGAAAUCAGAAACCGAAGAAAGUGAUGAUGAUGAGGAGGAUUCCACAGAUGAAAGUAAACGAGGUCAUAAAUCUAGGUCACUUAGUCGUAGGAAAAGAUCAAGAACAAGAUCUAAAAGAAGGUCUAAAAGUCGGCGGAGGUCAUCUAGGAGGGACAGGAGUCGAUCUUAUGAUAGAAGAUAUUCUCGUUCACCCUCGAGAAGACGAAGCCGAUCACGUUAUAGAACUCCUAGCCGGUCACGUGGCCGAUCACGAAGAAGACAUAAGAGUAGGUCACGUGACAGAAGUAGAACUCGAAGUCGUCGAAGAACUCCUAGGAGAUCAUAUUCUCGUGGACGAAGUAGGAAACCUCGCCGAUCGCGUGAUAGAUCAAGAUCCCAUGGUCGUCGAAGAGACAGAAGUAGAACACCAUAUUCCGAUAGAUCACGUGGUAGGUCCCGAGGUCGAAGUAGAAGUAGAACUCCCAAGCGGUAUCGUGACAAACGUACAAGGAGGAGUAGAAGCAGGUCACCGAAAAGAUCGAGAGGGAGAGGGAGAUCUCGACGCAGAUCCCUGUCUGAAUCUCCAAGGCGUAGAAGAUCACGCAAGCGGUCACCGAGCAGGAAGAAGACGUCGAGAGAUGAACCGAAGGAUAGAAAGAAGCGGAAAGAGGGGGACCCUUGGAAAAAAGACGAUUACGAUAAGAAACAGAGGAAGAAGAGAGAUGAGGAGAAGGAGAAAAGAAUGCCGACUGAAUCUGAACCAGACUCGGAGGACGACGUAGAAAGGAGGAAAAAGGCUAGGGCGCGAAGACAUUGACUUUACGAUCAGUAACAGUGUUGUGAAUUGAUUUAGCAGUAUAACACUAUCUUACAUUUGAAAGAGGAUAACAUAAACGUAGGAAAUGAAUUGAAACGAUAAUCUACCUGGUUGGAAGUAUCUAUUAGUGUGUUAGUAUUGUCUUUCGUCCUAACUCCGUAACUAAAACUUUUAAAGAACCACAAAAGAAAUGUGUUUCACUUACACUUGAAGAGGUACAAGUUUAUCUUUUUAUGUAUAUUUUUCUUAAAACUGACUAUGUGUUUGUGUGUAAAACUCAAGUAAUUAAACGAGCAAUUAUUUGUAGAAAGACAGUCUCCUUAACUGGACUAGAAAUUUGAAUGUUCCAUUAAUAGGAAAAAUUCUCAAUGAACUAUUAUGGUUUAUUAACCUUACAAUUACUUGUACUAUUAAUAAUGCAUCUGUAUUUUGGAACAUUUAAUGCAGUCAUUGUAAGUAAUUUACUAUACUUGGUUGCCAAUGGAAUUUCGUAAGUUUUGAAUCCUUGAAACUCUUAAAAGAUGAAAACGAAUUAUGCUAAAUGUCUGGACUUUCGAGUGCAAUUGUAAAAAAGAAAAAAAAGAAGAAAACACACAGCAUGACAGGAUACUCAAAUAAAGGGGAUUGGGGUCUGUUCUACUUACCUGUAUAGCAAAUUUCAAGGUAAUAAAUGUACACUGUACUUGUCAGUUCUUUAUGAAAAUGAAGCAGAAGUGGCGUGUUUAUUACUAGAAUAAAAUACGAGAAGCACUUCCAUGAUUGCAGUUGUAAAUACUACAAACAACAAAUGACUAUUUUAACAUUCCUUGUAGAUUUAAAAAAAAAAAAACCAACAUGUUAUUAACUUUUCUUGGAUAUAAAGAAUCAUGUUCAUUGUUCGUCCCCUAGCACUUCGCUAUAAGAGUUGAAUCCAAUGCAUGUAUUGUUUGCAAAAAUGGAAUUGAAGCAAUUGAUUAUUGAAUUGAAUAUUUCCAUGUGAAUGAAUUGUUGUGUGGUAUCAAGAAAUGGUUUAUGACCCCUGGGUCGAGGCCUCUGCUGGUGGACUGUUAGUCCCCGAGGGUCUCUAUAGCCCAGUAGCUAAGUACUUCGUUAUUAGCUUGAAAAUACGGAUGUAUAUUUAAUUGGUACGAUAAAAUUUAGAAAUUCAUUUCAAAAUUAAAGAUUAUCUCCCUCAUGCAGAGCUCUUAUCCUUGGACGAAUUUGGCUCCAGUGUUUGUUUGUUUUUUUUUUUUUUUUUUUUUUUUUUUUGGCACUCUAGUUUUCCUUUUAGCUCCUACAAGUUUAUUGUUAUUUCGAUUUUCCAAAAUUUCGGUUUGAGCAUCACUGAAGAGACAUUAUUUGUCGAAAUGCGCACCUGGUGCAUCGAUAUUGGUACCGUAUAAGUUUUACAUUAUAAACUAAAGUAUUCUUUGUCUUCAAUUUUUUCAAUGUAAUAGAUAGAAACCGGUAUCCACUGUAAUAUUUACUAAUUUAAUGCGUAAAGUUACUGAGCAUUUAAAAUUAAAUGAAACGUCCUUAGCAGAUUGAGAAGUAUUUUCUCUUAACGGGUUGUAAAUUAAUUUGAUAUGAACGUCAUUGGCAGACUGUAUAUGGUAAUUUUGGGAGUUUUGAGCACUAGGGACAAGCGAUUAUUAUUGUUGAACAGUCAUUGGAUCGGGUAAUGAAGUAUUCCAAAACAAAUGGAGUUCGCGCCCAUUUGGGUUUCUGUCAAAAUACCGACGCAGUAUCAUAUAUUUCCUUAAAGGAAUUAAUAUCCCUUAGAUAUUCUCUUGCUACGAUAGCAAGCAAAUAUUUUAUGACACGUUUUGAAACACGUAGAGUAGGUUAUGAACACCACGUGGUUUGGAAAUUCGUAAAAAAUCAUCGUACCGAAUAGCCUACUUAUGGUUUUUGUGAAAUGGAGUGGUAAAGAUCACUUUUUAUAGACAAAAUCAAAUGUGGAUUCUAAAUUUUACUUUUAGUAAAUUUGAAAUCACAACACCUUUUCUGUUUUCAAAUCAACAACAAUAUAUAUGAAUAAAGUAGAAAUGCUUCAAGACAAAACAAUUGCAGAAUUUAACUAUAAACUGUAAUAUAAUAUACUUUCAAAUAAUUAUUACAGUAAUGAAAUCAAUAAAGAUACGACCUGCAUGUGUGAAACGUGUAGCGAUAAGAUUGAUAAUUCAAAACACUUUUAAAAUAUUUGAUAGUGUAAAUGUACAAAUUAUAUGGAAAUUAGUAAUUUCAUGGGUUUUGAUGUAAAAUGGAAAAAUGUUGUCGUUGGAUUUUUCUCUGUCAGAAAUGAAACAACUGUAGUGUUCAAUUUACUUUUAUCCUUUAUAGCUCUAAAAAUGUACAAAUAUAAAAUGUAUUGUAGACUUGAAAAAAUUGAUGAAACGUUUGAAGGGUUUAUAUGCAACUUGAACGCAUGUAUUUCAUAAUAUUCAGAAAUACUAUUUGCUACUAGCAACACAAAGCAUUUUCAUUUUUUCAAAAAGAUGCUAACUAAUCUUACGUGUAGAGAUUAUAAUCACUGAAUGUCAUGAUACCACCCUCUGAGGGGGGAUGUCCCUCAGUUAAAGAUCAAGAGGACACUUUUAUGGACUAUUGAUAAUUGUGUAUCAUCUUGCAUAUGUUGAUCUUUCAAUUAAUUCCAAUAUUACUAUCAUAACUAGCUACAUUUUUGUACAAUAUAAUUAUAAACCUAUAAAUAUUUUUUUGAAUAUGUGUGUUACAUCAUACAUGUGUAGAAGACACGUAAAUCAAUGUAUAAUACUUGUAUGUCUAUGCCUGAUGUAUAGUGCUUGUGUAUAAUAUAUGCAAGUUUAUGUGUUGAAUACAUAAUGCUUAUAACUCAGUAACGUAAAAAACAUGUAAGUGUACGCAAUACGUAAAAGUCUAUGUGCUGAUUUUUUUCUUUUGAAAAUCAAUAUGUAAACCUGUUUAUUGUAUAUCAGUUGUUUGUGUAAAGUGUUUUGAUAAAAAUAAAAAAUCAUUUUCAAAAAAAAAAUCAACAUCAAAAGGUAUUACUUUUCAACACUUUACACAAACAUUCCUCAUGAUAAAUUAUUGACUAGAUUUUUUGACAUCAUAGACAGAUGGUUUGUCAACAAAAAUGGAAAACGGAAAUAGUCAUAUCUAGUGAUCAGUCAUCAAAAAAAUUACUUUGUUAAACACCACUCUGAUUCCACACACAAGUACACUGAAGUUGAA